ACUGAGCAACAAGUUUCGUGAAACCAGGCACUACAGGCAGCAAGUAAGUUGCUAGUUCCACGCAUCAGAUCAGUCUUUGCUCUGGCGUCUUCUCUCUCGCUCUCCCAAACGGUGACUGCUCCUAAAUCAGCAAAGAUGCCAACAUACAAACUCACAUAUUUCGAUGUCCGAGGUCGAGGAGAGAUAAUCCGUCUGGUGUUCGCACAAGCUGGAGUCGAGUACGAAGACGACCGCAUAGUGGGCUCAACAUGGGAUAGCAUCAAGGGUGAUAGGAAGAGGUUUCCCAUGGGUUGUGUACCAGUGUUGGAUGUUGAUGGUAUGGUUAUGAUACAAAGCAUGGCCAUAGCACGUCAUCUUUCAAAGAAAUAUGGGCUUGCUGGUAAAGAUGAGAAAGAAAUGGCCGUAGUUGAUAUGAUGAGCGACCUUUGCACUGACAUGCUCAAUGAGAUGUUUGAUCUCAUGUUCGAGAAAGACGAAAAAAGAAAGGAGGAAAUGACAACGAAGUUCUUGAAGAAGUCUGAUACUUACAUGGAGGCAUUUACACGCUGUCUGCAGAAGAAUGGCGAUGGAACCGGGUACCUUAUUGGAGAUACGGUUACAUUGGCCGAUCUGGCCCUCUUCAACCUCCUUGAGCAGUUGGCCGCCAAAUACGCUGAUAUGAUGACCAAGAACCCACCGAUGCAGGAAUUCCUUGAUCGCAUGAAGAAAGAACCUAAAGUCUCAGCCUGGUUGGAGAAGAGGCCCAAAGGAGAAAUGGACAUCUAAAUGUUUACGACGUUUUUUUUCGCCUCCUUCGACAUGUCUUUCUUAUUAGCGGAAUAAAUAUUUGUGAAAUAAAUCUGUUUUUGCUAGUUUAUUGUAGUUAGUUUAGACGUCAUGAUUAUUUGGCCAUGUGAGGUUAGCUUUUGCAAUCAGUUGCAAAAUUUAAAAUUACACUGGUGUGCCAAUUGAACAAAAGUUUGCCUCAUCGAUGAAGACUGAUCAAGGUCGUUUGGGAUGUUUUAAUAAUUACUAUUUUAUCAUCUCGAGGGGGGGGGGGGGGCUCCGCUGGGUCUCUAUCGAUUGAUUGAUCUCCUGAUUAAGGAGAGGCGGUACAAUAAUGAUAAUAAUAAUAGCCAAUUUUUAUAAAGCGCUUUUCACAGAAUGGCUCAAAGCGCGUUACAGCAUAUUAUCACCCCGGUCAUUGGAUUCAUUUCAAUCCCGCACGAAAAGUGCACAAUUUCCACUCCCUGGGAAGCAUUCCUUGCAUUCAUCGCAGCCUCAUUAUGGCGCUGGCAAAAUCAAACAUACAAUAUCUUUCGCAUCCUACCGGGUACCCAUUUAGCACCUGCGUCGAGAGUGGCAAGGUGUGGAUUAACGCCUUGCCAAAGGACGCUAGACGGAUUGCACUCUUGCAAUAUCAAAUAUAAAAGUUAGACAAUAGUUGAAUGACUAUAGUAAUUAGAUAAAAACUAAAGAAUUAUACAUAAUUUUAAAUUCUAAUAUAUUUUGUAGAUAGUUUCAAAGUAUCUGUCUUACAUCAGUCGAUUCAGUGUGUAUAUCAGAGUUCCGUUGAGAUGAAUAGCGAGAUACGUUUAUUUAUUACUUUCAAUAAAACAUUUUUAAUAGUUUAGAUCUACAUCACUAGCACUGUGGAGCAAAUUUGGACCCUUACCCUUGAUUUUUUGAACAGUAACUGAGGGUGGCAGAAUACCUUUUCAAAAUGUACCAAAAAGAUUUCAUAAAUAAAUUAUAUUUAAUAUUCA